UGUGCUCACGCACGCACGGAAGUUCCCGCCUCUCACGCAGCGCCGGCUCGCCUUACGCACGAUCGCCCCACCUCGAGCACAAGGAGGCGAGAAGGGGAGUGCCUGCUUUGCGUCCCUCCGGCCCCGGCCCGGGAUCCCCGGGAGCCGGUGACCCUGUUGUCCGGUGCUGUCCGCCAGCACUGGGCUCCUGCCGGCCCCCUCCCCGUGCCGCCAUGGCGGGACGCGCGGGAAGCAGAGGGCGCGGAACUCCCCUGGCGCUGACGUGUGUUGCCAUGGCGACGCCCAGGCAGCGUCUGGCUCCGUGUGGGGGGGUGGGGGGGAUGACAACAAAUAUGGCGGAGAGGAGCAGGACGGCAGAGACGGGUACUGCCAUAGGAAGUGAUGAUAUCAUAGCAGGGAAUGUGAGCAAGUAUACUAUUCUCCCAGCUGGUUAUUGUGGACAGCCUAAAAAAGGACAUCUUAUAUUUGAUGCCUGUUUUGAAAGUGGUAACCUUGGACGAGUGGACCACAUCACAGAGUUUGAGUAUGACCUGUUCAUUAGACCGGAUACCUGUAACCCACGCUUCCGAGUUUGGUUCAACUUCACUGUUGAAAAUGUGAAAGAAGCACAGAGAGUAAUUUUCAAUGUUGUCAACUUCAGUAAAACAAAAAGCCUCUAUAGAGAUGGGAUGGCUCCGAUGGUGAAAUCCACAAGCAGACCAAAAUGGCAAAGAAUACCCUCUAAGAAUGUGUACUACUAUCGUUGCCCAGACCACAGGAAGAACUAUGUCAUGUCAUUUGCAUUUUGCUUUGACCGAGAGGAUGACAUUUAUCAAUUUGCCUACUGCUACCCCUACACCUAUACUCGCCUUCAGCACUAUCUUGACAACCUACAAAGGAGGAACAUGAACUACUUUCGCAGAGAAUUGCUGGGACUCAGUGUGCAAAAACGGCGGCUUGACCUCCUGACAAUAACCAGCCCUGAGAACCUGCGUCCAGGCACUGAACAGAAAGUGGUGUUCAUCACUGCACGGGUCCACCCUGGGGAAACACCAUCUUCCUUUGUGUGCCAAGGUAUCAUUGAUUUCCUUGUGAGCCAGCAUCCCAUCGCAAAAGUACUCAGAGAUCACCUGGUCUUCAAGAUUGCACCCAUGCUCAAUCCUGAUGGAGUGUACUUGGGAAACUACAGGUGCUCCCUGAUGGGGUUUGAUUUAAACCGGCACUGGGCAAAUCCAUCUCCUUGGGCUCAUCCCACACUGCAUGGAGUGAAACAGCUCGUCAUUGAGAUGUACAACAAUCCGAAGAUUAACCUGGAGUUCUAUAUUGACAUCCAUGCCCACUCCACCAUGAUGAAUGGCUUCAUGUAUGGGAACAUCUUUGAAGAUGAGGAAAAGUUUCAGCGACAGGCUGUUUUCCCCAAGCUACUCUGUCAGAAUGCCGAAGACUUUUCUUAUUCCAGUACGUCAUUCAACAGAGAUGCUGUGAAAGCAGGGACAGGUCGGCGCUUUCUUGGUGGGCUGCUAAAUGAUACAUCCUACUGCUACACUCUGGAAGUCUCCUUCUACAGCUACAUAUUGAGGGGACUUACUUCUGUUGUCCCUUACACAGAAGAAGCAUAUAUGAAGCUUGGAAGAAACGUGGCCAGGACGUUCUUGGAUUACUACAGGCUGAACUCCUUGGUGGAGAGACCACUGGCACCUACUCCUAAAGCUCGGAAGGAAAAGCUGCCAGUUUUUAAAGGCACCACUCAGAGGGGCCAAGGGAACAGCCAUGCUGGCAGCAAGACAGAGAAGAUGAGCCAGGUGCAUCUGAAGGAGCAAUCUCUCUCCACACGGUGAAAGGAGAAGAGAAGAGGAGAGAAGAGCUGGUCUGUGAGGUGUGGUGGAGGAAAAAGUCAUGGUCUGGAACCAAUGAUGUUUCUCUUUUUCCCCAGACAAGUAUUUCUCACAUAACAAAUAGUCCAAGGGGGAAAGAAGGAGAGGCAAAUUAGCUAGAAAUUUUACUAUUGAUUCUUUUUUGUUUUAUAGAUGGUAAAUCAAUGUCAGUGUUUCUUUUUUCUUGUUGAUUUUUUUUUGUUUGGUUUUAUGGGGUGUUUGUUUGUUUGUUUGUUUGUUUCACCUUACCUCUGGUGGGUGGUGGUGGUGGGGAGGAAAGAAUGACCCAACAGAUUUACAGAACUCCUUUGUGGUGGCUGAAAAGCUAUUUGUUAUAAAAGAGAAAGCCUCCUAUUCCUCCACCAGCCUCACACUCUCUCUUUGAAGGGGAAAUGCAUACGAUGGGCUAAGGAGGGAGUCCUGGCUCCCCUGCUGCAGCAUGUGAUUUCUCCCUUUUUAGUGUCAGGCUCAGAAGCUCUUACGCCAACUGCAUGUGCUAGCCCUGUUAGCUUGCAUUAAGAGAACCUGAUAAAUAGCUUCUGGGAGUCAGGCAAGUGCUCCUCAGUGUGCUGUUCAUCAUCUGCUGCAUGGGUAGGCUUCUUGCUCUUCUAUCAGAUCACUUGAAGGAAAUGGUUGUAUGAGAGAUGUUACUGUCAGGCUGCAGGCAAGAAACUCACUGCAAGACCUGUCUAACAGGCAGGAACCAUUGUCCUCCACCAUAAACUAGCUAGAAAGACCGGACUUCCCAGUAGACAAGGCAGCAUGAGCAAGGGGUAGGGCUAAAAAGGAAUAACAAAGUGUUGUGCCACUGCUGCAAGAAAUUCCAGUUGAAAUAUCAUCAGCUUCUCUUAGGCAGCAGGUAAAAAUCUCUGCUUGAAGCUACCACCUCCAGACAGUCUUGCCUCUUGUGUCCUGUGAUGAAACAGCUGCCAGUGAUGUGGAUUUGAAGUGCAAGAUUAGUGAUUCUCAUGCUGGAGGACAGUAAAAGAGAAUGACCUUGAGAAGAGUUCAGGUGUCUCCCAGGAGAUGGGAAGGGAAAGUGCACUUAGAAUUGCCUCUUGCCAACUUAUUGGAACCCUUGGGAAGCAGCUUCUCUUCUCUGUCUUCUGAUAGUGGCUGGGCUGCCACGGUGGCUUGGAGGAAAGUGCCAAGACACAGGAGUUAGAGAGGGAAAGGAACCAGUCUGAAGAUUAAGAAAGGCAUGUGAAAUGAGACAGAAUGAGUUCCACUUAGUGUGGGGUGGCCCUGAAGAAGUAGUAGCCUCAGGCACUCCAUUCUUUAAUAAAAGAGCUGGAUUGGUUACUCCUCUCAUCCUUCCAUGGAUGUGAGUGCCAUGAUCUAGGAACACAGUCAGACUGGGUCCUCACGUUGUCCUGCGUGUGAGAAGAAUGCAUGUUGGGGACAAAUGAAAAGGCACAAAAUAAAGUGAGAAUUAUAGGCUAAAUCAGACCUUCCAGGUCACUUAAAUUUACUGUCCCUUGUGAAGGUACUCCCUGAUUCUUCAGCAGUGGAGACUUGGCUGAGUGUGACCAACACUGAACCAAGGUAUGACCCUAGGAAGACCUGAAAGCUUGGGUUGCUUUUGUGCAGCCAGAAAGCUGACAGGCCUUCAGAUGUGCUCACUUGUCUUUGAAUAUGGUUCCCAUAUCUGUAUCCAGAAUGACAGAAGGAAGUUCUGUGUAAGGUCCUUGAGCUCCUGUCCACGCAAGGAAGCACAAAGCAGGCAGGGUUAAGGCUGAAAUCUGCAUUCUGUUAUCUCAGGACCUCACACACAUUUCCGGAGUCCCAUCAUGACAGCCCUCCUGCGAGCCAGUGGCACAUGGUUUUCACCCAGGUAGUGUUCCUGCAGCCAAAAAGAGCAAGCAGGUGCUAGUCAGGACAAAAAGUUGGCUUUGCAUGCCUCUGAAAAAGGACAAAGUACUCAGGAUCUGACGAAGCUUGAGCUGAUUGUGUCUGUGCAUUAGCCACCUGAUAGCUGGGCUUUCAUUAGUUCGUCUAUCUCUGAUAAGGGGAACUUGGUUGAAAACAAGGCAGAGAUACCCCACUGGAAGGAAAAUGAUUUAAAAUACCAAGCAAAUCUGAUGUUGUCAGUAUUUCAAGGUGAGGAGGUUAAACUGUGCACAUUUUUCUGGGAGAAUAAAAUGCCUUCCUAUAAUGAAUUCCAAGGCCUCCAAGAGGCACAGUGCUGGCUCUCUGUCUCCUAAAGCAGAGUAAUGAAUAGCAGUGACAGUGUGAUAAUUAAAAUGACCUCUUGGAGAUAUGGAUUAGAAGGUAUGCAGAGGGGAGGAUAAUUUCUCCUUUGAAUUAAUCUAGUGCUAAUUUAUGACUACCGUUGGGUUUUACAGGGCUUUAGUGGAAGACUUUCAAAGUUGGUUUACUGGGGUGAUACUGCUCCUUCUGCAUAUUCAUUGGAAAAGCACUGGCAGAAUUCCUCAUUAUUUAUUUCUGAAUGAUUAUAUAUAUACAUAAUGAGAGAGUUUCAGGUAUUUGCUUAGCUGCCUAAGAGUUUACUUUAGAAAUGUGAAUAAAAUGAUUAAAGCAGCUGUGGAA